UUACAUCUUCCACUCACAUUCAUUCAUACCACGAUCGUCAACUGCGUUCGACCAUCCUAUAUACCAAGUUCAAAAAGAAAUAGUCUUAUGUAAACAUGGAUGAAGAAGCUUAUGGAAUAACUACUGAGAUUAGAGAGGUCUCGCCGGCACACUAUGUGUUCAAGAUCGAGUCUUUCUCUUUGUUGUCGAAGAACAACAUCGACGUGUACGAGACGAACGAGUUUGAAGCUGGAGAUGAGAAGUGGAGAUUGAUUCUGUAUCCCAAAGGAGACAAAAGCAGAAACGGAGGAGAUCAUUUGUCUAUAUAUCUGGCGAUUUCCAAGAGCACUCCUUUGAAAGUUGGCUCCGAGAUAAAUGCGACAGUAAGGUUCUUUGUGUUGGACAGAAUUCGCGACCAGUACUUGACGAAACAAGGGAGAGCUACGAGGUUUCACGAGAUGCAGUUUCAAUGGGGCAUUCCGAGAUUUAUGCCGUUGGCGACUUUUACCGACCCGUCCAAUGGAUACCUCAUUGACGACACCUGCGUUUUUGGAGUGGAGAUUGUCGUCAUCAAGAAUUUGGGCUUGGGCGAAUGUUUCACACCGAUAGAGGGUACAUCAUAUACACAUGAAUGGAAGAUAUCAAAGUUCUCAACUUUGGUGGAUGAGUACUGCUACUCUGAAUCGUUUUUGGCUGAAGAUCAGAAAUGGAAGGUGCGGCUAUAUCCGAGGGGUGAUUUGACAGAGAGGGACAAAAGCCUUUCAAUAUAUCUUUGUUUGGCCGAUUCAGGGAAACUCGAUCUUGGGCAGAAAGUUAAUGCAAGCUUCACCAUUCGGUUGAGAGGCAAAGACGGCACAGUUUUAUGA